AUGGAGGAGCCCCUCCUCCCGGUGGCCUACCCGGAGGCGGAGGCCAGCGGCGGCGCCGCUUCGCAGAUCUCGUCCUCGGUCGUCGCGGUGCGGCUCACCACGUUUGUCGUCUUCGCGGUCCUCUCCCUCUGGGCCAACCACGAGGCCUCCAAGGGCUUCCAGGUCGCCGUCCUCAGCGGCGGCGGGGGCACCGCCGCUGCCCCGCGGUUCGACCUCAUGUUCGUCUCCAAUGGGCGGGCGGCGCGUGCCCUGCUCUCGGCCAGCGGGGCGGUGGAGCGCGUCCUCUUCUCCGGCGCCGGCGAGAGGAAGCGCGUCGACCGCGUCACUCUGCAACUCGCUCCGGCGGAAUUCUCCGGCGACGUCGCCGUACUGCGCGGAGGCCCCGCAGAGAGCGAGUUCACUCUUCAGCUCAGCUCUCGCGUCGUCUUCUCCUGCGACGGCGGUUCGGCCAUGGCGGCGGCCCUCCGCCGGGGGAUGGCGGAAGUCUGGCUAUGGGACGGGCAAGGGGCGGCGCCGCCGGACCUCCUCGACGCGAUGGCGGAGUUCCUGUCGGCGCCGCAGGGGGCCGCCGGCGGAGGAGCGGCGGCGAGGCUCGUACGGCGGUGCGAAGGAGACAGCGGUGGUGGCUUCGUGGCCCGUCUGAACGUGGCCAUGAAGGGCCGGUGGCGGCCCGAGAUGGUGGCGGAGGCGGUGGGCUCCUCGCCGGCGACGGCCUGCAGAGCGUCGGUAUCGUCGGCCGUGGAGAGUCUGGGAUUGGAGACGACCGUCGGGCGUGGACCGGCGCCGCGGCGGCACGUGAUGCUGGGGGCCUCGGCAUGUGGGUAA